AUGGAUAACUAAUACUAAAUAGCCAAAAAUUUGCUACAGUCAAUCCUCAUUAUCAAACAAUAAGAUUCUAAUUUAGAUUCUGCCUAUUCUUCAAUUUUACUUGCUCUUUAAUCAUAAUUACCAUUAAAACAAGAACACUAUACAUCUAUCCUAAUUGAAAUUACUAAAAAAUUGACUAAACAAAUUGAGCAAUAUGAUGAAUAUUACACUUCUCAAAUGCUCAAAAUUCUAUAGAAUAUCCCAAAACAAUAAUACAUUGAUCAAUUAUAAUGUACAAUCUCUAUCUUGAGCACAUUAAUCAAUCUAUUAGCAAAAGUUAAUCAAACUUUUAUUCCUGAAAUUUUUUAAUUAAUUUCGCUUCUCAUAGAUAAUUCAAAAGCUCUCUAAAUAGCAUAUCCUCAAUUAUUCAUUAAAACAUUGACUUGUCUAUUGAAAUAUAGUAGAGGAGUAAUUUAAGAGAAUGGAUUGUUACUUUUUGAAAAAAUCCUAUCCUAUAUAGUUUGCAAUACUUAAAGUUAAUAUUAACAAUUAAAUUUUAAUGUUAUAUCAUUAAAAUAUGAAGAAAAUUAACAUUUUUUAGUAUAAUAAAAAGUAAACGAAGAAUUACAAAAUUUUUGUCUCUUCAUAACUCAUUUACCUACACCUAAACUCAAUAAAUGUUAUUCCUAAUUGAUUUUUAAGAUUUUCUAAUAUUCAAAUAGUGGUUAAUAUUUCUAUAUUCCUACUUAGAUAUCAUUAAUUAAUUUAUACUUUAGAUUUAAUGAAGGUUAAAAUAUUCAAGAAUUUACAAACCUUAUAAUUUAAAUGAACUCUUAGUAAGAAUUAAGAAUCUAUAAUGAAUUAGAGGAGGAUUUAGAAUUUGAAUUAAAACGAUUUCAUUCAUUAUAAAAUGAAGUAGACACAUCAUAAACUAUAGCAAUAAUUAGAAAAAUUAAAUGGUUAAUUUAUAUAAUUAUUGAAUUCUAGAAGAAAUAAUAAAAUUAAUUAUAAUAUGUUCAAAUUAGUGAAAAAAUUAUUAAAUAUUUGGUCUAAGGAUUAUAAUAUAAAUGGAAUCAAAUAGUAGUAUCAGUUGAUUAAUAGAUUACAACACUUAAUUAAAAUUUAAAUAUAUCCAUAAAAAAUACUAUCAACAAACUUAAUCUUGAAUUAAUGCCAAUUUUAAAUAAUGAAUAGAGUAUUUUAAAUGAAAUAAUAAGUCUUCUUAAUAGUUUAAAUGAAAAUGAAAUUAUCAAUAAAUAUUUAGAAAAUAAAUUAGAAAAAUACCUAAAUAAAUUAAUUUAAACUAUAAUAGUUGAUGACUCAUAAAUUAUCAAAAUCUAAAUCACAUAAAUUCUAUACACAUCAUCUAUACUAUUUAUUCUUAAUAAUAUUUCUUCUACUUAAAAACAUGAUUCAUAUUAUUUUAAAAAUUUGAUAAAAUAGUUUAGUAUGCUUAUUUUCAAUUAAAAUGCUCCAUAUAAUUCAAUAUUUCAAUCUUAAUUAAUUAUAUAUAGCAAUCUAAUUUAUCAAAGAAUUGAUGAAAAAGAUGAUUAAUUUAUAGAAGUUUUAUAUUUAGAUUAUUUAAUGUGUUAAAAUAGUUAAUCUACUGUUUUGAUUACAGAAAUAAGUUAAAACUAUAUUAAAUAAUUUAAUAUUUAUGAUCAUAUAGCUUCAAUACUCUAUAGAAACAUUCAAAAGAUUUAAGAAUCCAACCUUUAAGUUGAUUAAGGUAAUUCUUUAUAGACUAUAUUACAUAUCUACUCUAAAUUUGAUGGAUAUAAUUAAGGCUUAGAUAUAAUAUAUUAAGUCUUAAAGACAAUUUAUUAAAUAUAUGAUAAGUAUUACUUAAAAUCUGAUAUUUUGUUUACUCAAAAGUAUCUUCAAUUUUUGAUACUAUUUUUCAAACAAUGGAUAAAUCCUUCAUUAAAUAAUAAUAUUGUUACAAUAUUAAGAUAGAUAGCAUUAUCAUUAACAUAAUUUUUUCAUCAUUCAUAAGUUCAUUUUCAAGCUUUUUAAUGUUUUUAUUAUUGCAUACCAAUCCUAGCAAAAUAGGAAUUAUAAGAAUGUAAUUCUAAAUAAGUAUUUGGAAUGAAUGAUGAUCCUAAUGUAAAAGUUGUAGAUACAUUAGGCACUAUAUUUUUUGAAUAAAGAAAAUCAUUUGAAUAUAUUUUAACAUAAGAUAAUUAGAUAUCAAAAUUAUAUAUCUGGAUGAUUAUUAAAGAAUUAUUAAUAUAUGAUAGUUGUUAAGGUUUUUUUUAAUUAAAAAGUAUUUAAUAGUUUUUAAAACAAUACUUAGUAUUUGAAUAAGAGGAAAAUUCAAAUUCAUUAAAGAUAUAUGAAUAAAUACUUUAAUUUUUAAUACUUUAUUGUAAAAAACAUGAAUAAAAUCCAAAUUUAAUGGAUUUAUUAAAAUAGAUUGAAUUUUUUAUUAAAAAGUGUUCAAAAUUGGAUGCAUCUUAACUUAAAGAAUUAUGUAAUCAUCUAAAUUAAAAAUUGUCACUUAUAAAAUGA